UGUUCUUCCUCCUUGCCCCUAUCUCUCUCUAGAUCUUCAACACAAACUCUUCUCUCUCUCUCUAACUUGAAAGAAAGAAAAUGCAGCCUAUUGGGUCUCAGGAGCUAUCUCCAUCAAACGCCUCGAGCAUCUCGGCUACAGCUUCCUCCGAGGGUGCAACAACCCAAAAGAAGCAAAUGGCGAAUCUCAAGAUGAAGGAGAAGAUGGACCUAGCUCAAGGGUCAUCGAGCUCGAGGGUCGUGCUCGAUCUGAAGCUCUCUAACGAUCCGGACACGAACCACCACGUGUCCAAAUCGUUAGAGAUCAACCUCUUCUCCUCGUCAUCGAGAAGCAACAACACCAACACCAACAACAAUGUGUACGAGAGGAAAGGAGAAGGGAGCGAGAUGAUCAACAUCAACAUCGAGGAGGAACAGAAGGAGCAAUCGAAUAGGGUUUUCGCUUGCAACUUCUGCAAGAGGGAAUUCUCCACCUCCCAAGCCCUAGGAGGGCACCAGAACGCCCACAAGACGGAGCGCGCCAUGGCCAAGAAGCGGGAGAGCUUGGAGGUGGUGGGGCCCUUAUUCGGCGGCGGCCACCAUCAUUUCCCCUACCACUCCUACUCGAGCUUCUCCUCCCAUCCUUACUACGGCUCGUCCUUCGGGAGGCCGCUCGGGGUGAGGAUGGACUCGUUGAUCCACAAGCCGAGUCCAUCCUCCUACCCGUGGAGCUCCUCCGUGGGGUUCCACCACGCGGGGCGCUCUUUUGGCACCGCCAACGAGAGCCACCUCGCUGCGUGGUCCAGGGUGCCAGCUGUGCAGCCGCAGUCGGUGUCUCCCGUGCUAGACCGACUGCGGCUCGAGGGGUUUCAGAGUGGGGUCGGGGCUGCCUCGUCGGGUUCGGUGAGUGGGAUUAACAAUAUUUCUGUUGCUUCUGUGGGCAGGAAGGAAGAGAGAAGUGCUAGUGUUGGUUUGCUUCGGAAUUUUGGCUUGUCGAAUGGGAGUAAGCCAGCUGUUGUCGGUGGUGCUUCUUCUUCUUCUGGCGGCAGCGGCUGCGGAGUUGUGGUUCGGGCGGCGGCGGAUCAGCUGGCCGGUGGUGAUCAGAAAGAUGUGUCCGGGAUUGAUUUGUCGCUCAAGCUUUGAUCAAGUUGAUUAUUAGUUUGAUUUGAUUUGAUUUAAAACUGUUAGAGAGAUGAUUGUGUCGUGUCUUAAUUCGAUUCUAGUCUUAAUUAUUACUGAUUACAAUUUCUGAAAAAAAUUGAUUUGAAUUGUACAAACACAGAUGGUGUUGAUCUAGUUUAAUGAUAUAGAAAUUUGCAUUCUGUUUGGGACUUUUGAUUGAACUAACGUUGUUCUAAAAUCAGCCGUCAGCUAUAUAACUAGACUGAUAGCUAGGGUUUGUGGGAUUGUUGAAUUGCUACCACAAAUAAAACAAUAUCAUUCACUACUCUUUGAUGAAUUAAUUAGAAGGAGAAGGAAAUUUUCAUCAUUUUUCACUCUUGGAUGGUGAAGAAUCAUGAUUUUACAACAUCAAUCAAUUAGAUCGGUAACGCAAGUAAUUGAGUGAUGAAUGAUAUGAAGUUUUUUUAUAUGGAUUUCUAAGAACAACAUUAUCGAAAUGGGAAAAGGGUUAGAUUUGGAUAGUCAGCAAAGAAAGAGAAUCACUACUGAUUUAGUGUAUCAAAUAUUUCAUAUUUACAUGUACUCUAACUAGAUGAUUUAGGGUUUUCACGGUGAAACUGAUUACCUUUCUACGAAUUUAGUGAAUGUCAAAUUCAUCGAUCUCAUUUCUUUUGCGUACGUUGAUCGAUCUUUUUUUAUUUCGGGCAAAUAUAUCUUCUUUCAAUGAAAUUCUAUAAUCAUAGUAAAUGAAUGUAUAACUCAUCGAUAUUAAUUUAUUUACCGAGUUUGUAUAGAUCGAUAUUCACUUGAAACAAGAUGCCCGAGUUGCAUAUCAUAUAAACUUCAAUGAAGUGGACCCAGUCGAUGGUUUGAGGGACUGGUUGAGAGAAUCAGUUUGGAACUUCAUAAACUAAUUGAUGAUUUGAGGGACUAGUUGAUGAAUGAACUACUAGCUAGGGGUAGGAGGUCUAGUAUAAAUUAUGGAAUAAACUAGUAAUAGAAUCAUAGGUAAAUCGUCUAGAUUGCCAAGAAUAAAUCUUUGUAGUUAUAGAUACAGUGAGCAAUGUGCACUCCUGAUCCUAGAACUUACCUGCAAUAAGUGAUAAACAAAGAUAACGAUCUCGUAGCUUGUCUUGAGCAUAUCUAAUAUACUGAAGAAUGAAAUCCUUAAACUGACAUUACCAACUCCCAAAAUAGAUUUCACAUUUCGAAGACUACACUUCAACCCCGAGAAGAUAUAGAAUCCUCCAACAUCUGCGUAAUUUUAGUAACAACUCCAACUGAUAUCUUUGUGAAUAUCAAUAGAUCAUCUACAAACAUCAAGUGAGUAAACACUAUCUUUCGAUACUAAGGAUGGUAAGCAAUAAUGUCAUUCCUGGCAACAUCAUUGAACAAAGAGAAUAAAGUCUCCAUAGCCAAAGUAAAAAGAUAAUAUGACAAGGGACCCCCUUGCCUCACCCACUCUUUUUGCAGCAAAUAUCCGCAUAAACCCCGUUGAUAGAUAUACUGAACCUUGUCGGGCUCAUAUACACACUUAUUCAAUCAACAAACUUCUUAGGCAAGCCCAUGUUAGUCAUUACCAAAAGGAGAUACUGACAACUGAUUGAAUCAAAUGUUUUCAUCAAGUCAAUUUUUAUUGUACACCGGGACGAAAGCUUAACCGAUUAUAACAGCUAAUUAACUAUUUGGCCAUAAGAAUAUUGGCAACAUUCCUCCUAUCCUUAAGAUAAUCGGGGUGGCUCUAGAGAUGUUCAAAAUUUAUUUGUACGAGUAUUUAAUGGGAUAACUAAAAAAAUUGGAAGAUAUAAUAACGAAAAAAAUAUUGA